ACCUGCAGUUUGUUCUCUGUAUUGAGGAGUCUCUUAUGAGUUUCCCUCCCUCUCUGUUUGAAACUAUUUUUUCCCCUUCCCUUCCCGCAUGGUUAUCUGUUGUUUCUCAAGUUCCACAUAUGAGUGAAAACAUAUGAUAUCUGUCUCUUCUCUGCCUGACUUAUUUCACUUAGCAUAAUACCCUCCAGUUCCAUCCACGUUGUUGCAAAUGGCAGGAUUUCAUGCUUUCUCAUUGCCAAGCAGUAUUCCAUUGUAUAUAUAAACCACAUCUUCUUUAUCCAUUCAUCAGUUGAUGGACAUUUAGUCUCUUUCCAUAAUUUCGCUAUGUUGAAAGUGCUGCUAUAAACAUUGGGGUACCUGUGCCCCUAUGAGUCAGCACUCCUGUAUCCUUUGGGUAAAUUCCUAGUAGUGCUAUUGCUGGGUCAUAGGGUAAUUCUAUUUUUAAUUUUUUGAGGAACCUCCACACAGUUUUCCAGAGCAGCUGGACCAGUUUGCAUUCUAACAACAGUGCAAGAGGGUUCCCAUUUCUCCACAUCAUCGCCAGAAUCUGUUGUUUCCUGAGUUGUUAAUUUUAGCCAAUGAGUUGUGCUUUUGAUGUCACAUCUAAGAACUUCUUGCCCUACCCAAAGUCACGAAGAUUUUCUCCUGUGUUUUCUUCUACAAGUUCAUAGUUUUUUAUUUUAAACUUAGAUUUAGGAUUCAUUUCUAAACCCAUAAAAGGUGUAAAGCAUAGGUCAAGGUUCUUUUUUUGCAUUUGAGUUGUUUCAGUUGUUUCAUCCCCGUUUGUUGAGUUCUAUUGAAUUCCCAUUCACUUUUCUCACAAAUCAAUCGGUCAUAUCUGUGUGGGUCUAAAAUGAAAUUUUAAAAUACACAAAGCACGAAUUGCUCUUUCUUAUAGUCUUGAUCUUUGUUUCUGGACAAAUAUUGCAGGCGUAGAAAAAUUUCUUUCAUCUUGCAUGGAUGUUGGUUGAAUCGUUAAGCAUGUAUCCACAAGUAUCUUCAAGUUGGACAUUGAAGCACAUGUUCCUUCAUACAGGCUCAUUUCCUUUUUUAGUGAUGAAAAUACUUUGCAUGCCCCAAUUUUGAUUUAGUUAUUCCCCUUACUAAUUAAUAAUACUUUAUGAAUUCAGAUUUUAGAUCCGCUUCUGGUUUUGUGUCCUCGAAUUCCACAAUAUUCACAUCUUUUGUUUGUAUUUCUUCCAUGUCAAAUAGUCAAACACUGGAAAAUGUCAGUGAACGUUAUCGGGUAGUAUUUGGAUAACCGAACAUGUGUAUCUCCUAACAAAAUUAAGAGUACCACACAAAAUCAUGUGUCAAAAUUGCCAAUUUGUGCAUACUAUGUCUAUAAAUAUAUUAAUACAUAUUUGCAAGAAUGACUCCCCAUUCAUGGCAAACAGGGCCAUAAACAGACACUUAACAGCGUGGCAGUGACUACAAGCAAGGCUUGAUUAGGUUAUGACCGCUUCUCUCCUUUGCACUCUGUCAUGGUUCCCAGAUGUCAGCCUUAACCUUCAGCUGUGCCUGUUAGCUCCUUGCUCUUGCUUUGACUUGAAGUUGGUGGAUUCCUUCGAAACAGUAACAUCUCUAGAUUGAUUAUUCAGCUUUAAUUCUCACCAGAGGAUUAUCAUACUUUUUCCCAUUUUUCCCAGUUUCUCCAAUUGAUGUUUCUCAGGUUUGGGGAUUAAAUAAAACCGAUAUAUUUCCCAAGAAGUGUUGUAGAAGGAAAUCUUUUAUGGGAGUAUAGUCAAGAGUUCUCACAAGGCAGGACUUGACAAAAGGCAAUUAUUGUAGGGUUCUCUGGCGAGUAAGGUCCACUGAGUCUCGUCCAUUACGGUGUCUCGGGGGCCAGGGUGGGUGCAUGACCUGUGGAGAAUACUCGGUGAAAAGUUGCCGGCUCGGCGAACGAGUUUCCAACUAAUGGCUGUAUGAAAGCAGUGUGUGAACAGUUGUGGCUGAUGAUGGUGGUUCAGGUUGUAGAGUUUUUUUGUGGAAGAUGAGCUUAGAAAACUCUGAGAUCCCUGUUAUACUAAGGGAUGCCUUGAAUGACAGGGAAGCUUGGGUUUUUAUAUUCUGGACACUGGACAGAGAAUUGAACAUGAUACAACUGAGACUUUGUUGAGAGCCAUGGGGUGAGCUGAAGGCCGAAAAGCCUUUUUCUUCUCUGUCUUUUAUUUAAUAAAAGGUCAAAGCUGCAGGAAAGUGGAAAGAAUAGUGCAAUGAACAUGUAUAUUUCCUUCACGAAAAUUUACCAGUUGCAAAUAGUUUGCUACAUUUGUUUGACAUUGUGUCAUCAAUUGUCCACAUUCCAUACUUGUUGGGUUAUUUCCUUGCGAUUAGAAGCAAGUUACCACUUUUUGGUGAGAACCCGCAUAAGCAGUGAGUGCUUGCUGUUGCUUCACAACAGGAAGCAUGAUGGUCCCAGUUGGCCCCAGUAAAGGUGAUACUGACUUCAGUCACCUGGUUAAAUUGGUGUCUAUGAAGGCUGCUUUUGUGUAAAGCAGAGAAUUUUGGAAGGAACUUUUCACUGACUUGUUUCUCUGUCAGUUGUACCUGCUAUUGAGAAACAUUUUGGUGUAGUCAAAAAAAAAAAAAAAAAAAAAAAAAGCCCUGGAAGCCAGGAGACUGGGAUUUGAGACCAAGACCAAGCUCUACAGUCAUCUCUCCCCCAAACUAUAGACAAGUUACAUCAUCUCCCUGGGCUGAGCAGUUGUACAUAAAAGGAAAUAGAUACUCAGAGAGGUGAAGCAAUUUGCCCAAGGCCACUCAGCUAGGAUUCACCAGCUGUUCUGUUUGGGCCAAAGCCCUGCCCUUGCCCUGAGGUGGCCAGUCAUUAUUAUGGUGGCACCAAGCACUAGGAACUAAUGCUCAGAAUCAAGCAAAACACCAGCCCUUGUAGGAUCUGAGGCAAGAGGGAAGAGAGAGGUGGCUCUCUUGCCCAGUUUUCUCUCGUGCACACAUGGCCUAAAAAGACCCAGGCACCUCACUCAGGUGAGCUGGUACGCAGGCUGUUAGGCUGUCUUUGCCACCUUUGGAAUAAAUGGUUCCAUGUAGAUGUUACAAAGGUGAGCUACUGGCCCCAUUUCAGCCCCCAACUCCCCAGACAGGGAAGGCUUUAUGUACCUGGCCUUGGCUCAUGUUAGGAUCAGUGCCCAGAGUCCCCAAAUUGGCCCAUGAAUCCCAAGGGCAGUUUAGAUGGAUGGAGAAAGUACUGCCUCAGCCUGCCUGGGUUCCUGGGGGGAGGGAGGGAGGCAGGAAGGAUUAAUGGGGGAAAGGUGUGCAGAACCUUGCCAAGCAGGUCGCUGUGGGUGGGGAGUCACUGCCUGCGUGCUCUGGACGCCCUAGGAUUUGGGUGGAGGUUCUCAAGGAGGCAGCCAGAAAGGAAGGCUGUGGCAGUGACUCUGGAGUGCUCCAGGACUGCUCUGCCGGCCCUCUGUGCUGGCAGCCCACCAGCCCACCAACUGACGUCUGUCUUCCCAGUUAGCAGCUCUCUCCAAAGCAAGUAGCACCUGAGCUCUUGGCUGAUGGGAACUUCCCUGUAGAGGUCCAUCUGCGUCCAGACCCAGAUGAUGCCAGAGCUAUGACCGGGCCUGCAGGCGUGGCACCGAGGGGAAAUCAGCCAUGGAGCAGCCACCAGGGGAAGCCCCUGAGGUCCGGCAAGAGGAGGAGAAAAAGGAAGUGGCAGAGGCAGAAGGAGGCCCAGAACUCAACGGAGGACCAGAGCGCUCGCUUCCUUCCAGCAGCUAUACAGACCUCUCCCAGAGCUCCUCACCACCCUCGCUGCUGGACCAGUUGCAGAUGGGCUGUGACGGGGCCUCGUGUGGCAGCCUCAACAUGGAGUGCCGUGUGUGCGGGGACAAGGCAUCAGGCUUCCACUACGGUGUUCACGCAUGCGAGGGGUGCAAGGGCUUCUUCCGUCGGACGAUCCGCAUGAAGCUGGAAUAUGAGAAGUGUGAGCGGAUCUGCAAGAUCCAGAAGAAGAACCGCAACAAGUGCCAGUACUGUCGCUUCCAGAAAUGUGUAGCCCUGGGCAUGUCGCAUAAUGCCAUUCGCUUUGGCCGGAUGCCAGAGGCCGAGAAGAGGAAGCUGGUGGCAGGGCUGACAGCAAGCGAGGGGAAUCAGCACAACCCGCAGGUGGCCGACCUGAAGGCCUUCUCCAAGCACAUCUACAACGCCUACCUGAAAAACUUCAACAUGACCAAAAAGAAGGCCCGCGGCAUCCUCACCGGCAAGGCCAGUCACACGGCGCCCUUUGUGAUCCACGACAUCGAGACAUUGUGGCAAGCAGAGAAGGGCCUGGUGUGGAAGCAGCUGGUGAACGGCCUGCCACCCUACAAGGAGAUCAGCGUGCAUGUCUUCUACCGCUGCCAGUGCACCACAGUAGAGACUGUGCGUGAGCUCACCGAGUUCGCCAAGAGCAUACCCAGCUUCAGCAACCUCUUCCUCAACGACCAGGUGACACUUCUCAAGUAUGGUGUGCAUGAGGCCAUCUUUGCCAUGCUGGCCUCCAUUGUCAACAAGGACGGGUUGCUGGUGGCCAACGGCACUGGUUUUGUCACCCGUGAGUUCCUGCGAAGCCUCCGAAAGCCCUUCAGUGACAUCAUCGAGCCCAAGUUUGAGUUUGCUGUCAAGUUCAAUGCCCUGGAACUUGAUGACAGUGACCUGGCUCUCUUCAUUGCGGCCAUCAUUCUUUGUGGAGACCGGCCAGGCCUCAUAAACGUUCCCCAGGUGGAGGCCAUCCAGGACACCAUCCUGCGUGCCCUCGAGUUCCACCUGCAGGCCAACCACCCCUACGCCCAGUACCUCUUCCCCAAGCUGCUGCAGAAGAUGGCCGACCUGCGGCAGCUGGUCACCGAGCACGCCCAGAUGAUGCAGCGCAUCAAGAAGACCGAGACGGAGACCUCACUGCACCCGCUGCUCCAGGAGAUCUACAAGGACAUGUACUGAGGGUGUGCGCCUGGGGCCUCCAGGGGCAGGCGGACAGAGCAGGGAUAGGCACCACCCACGGGACUUUUCCGGAGAGCAGCCCUGAGCGCCGGCGCCGCUUGGCACCACGCCGCACCGGGAGCCGUGGAAUCCCAUCCUGCGCUCAGACACGCGGUCUCUCGCCCCUGCUCUGCUCCCUGCGCUCCCUUCUUCCUCGUGCUCGUGCUCGGUCUCAGUCCCUCUUUCUUCUCUAAUUUCCUUGCGCUCCCUCUCUUCCUUUCUCUCUGUAGGUUUGCCUCUUCCUCACUCCCUCCCUCCCCUUCCCCCCAUCCCUGUGUCUGUCCCUCCUUUUGUGAGACAGUUUGUGUUACUUCACCAGCAGCAUGAAACGGGUCCUCUGCCUUUGUUCGCCCCGUCCCCUGUCCCCCAAGGAGCGGGAGGAAUGGGCCUGCCCUCUGUACCAACAGUCACCUGCAAGGGUAGGGGCCUCACUUCUCCUGUCUUCACAGCAAAGGAUUUGGGCCAUCCAAAGAAACACUAAGUUCUCUGGGCCAGGCUUCCUGUGGAAGCCACGCAGGGCCUGGGCUGACUGCAGCAACAGCCCGAGUCACCGAGUCACUCCCCCAGACUAUCACCGCCCUCCCCUACCCAGCCAACCCCUCUCCAGCAGCACGUCCCAGCCCCACUGAUACCAAUGCCCUCUCUGUUCUUCUUUUCACCAGUCUUCCAGGUCAGUGUCACUGAUGGUCCCCUGCGCUGGCCGCUGGGGGACACCCCCAGCCUGGAAGGAGGUGGGCGUCCCUCCAGGUGGGACCCCCACUGAAGAGGAGCAAGCCUCGAGGGAGGCAGAGGUUGGCAGGGAAGGCAGCAGGCGGUGUACUUAAUUCUGACCCCAGGCCUUGGUGUCAUCGGCACCCACCCCCCCUACUCCCACUCUGCAGCAGCCACUGACCAUGACUCCUGUUUCUCCACUCAGUGCCAGGACCCGGCCUCAGAUGCAUCCAGGAGCCCAGCUGAAGCCCACGCCCCCACACACACACUCCCUGGGGCUGCCACUCCACACACACAAGCACUGACUCACUUUACCUGGUUCCACACCCUUUACCCUGCCCUCCCUUCCCUGAGACAGAUGGGCUAGAGGGGCCUACAGGCGGAUGGGCAGAGCUGGGCCAGAUCCCUUGGUGGCCAGGGGUCAGCUGAGCCAGCCCAGCACCUGCUCAUGUGUGACUGCUCAGUGUGACGUCCAUUCGUCCCAACAGUUCUGCCGCCCUCCCCUUCCCGUGUUUGGCCCUGCUGGUCACUGACCCUGUGCAGCUUCUGGUGACCAGAGACCUUGCCAGGCCCAGUCCCGCUCCUCCCACGUGAAGCACUAAGCCUGGGAAGAGGGGCUGAAGCCCAGCUUGGAUGCUGUGUCUGAGCAGGAAGGCCGAGAGCCCACCCAGGCUGCUUCUCCAGGAAAGAGACUGGCCUGGAAGGGCGAGGGACUUGGUGAGGGUCUAUGAGAAAGGUUGGGGAAGGCCUGAGGCCAGAGCCCAGGCUUCCUGGGUCCCGUCCAUCUGCCUCUGCCUUCCAUGCCCUGAGCUCAUUCUCUACUGACAAGAUACUUCCCUCUCCCACCCCCACCCUCGGCUGACCAAGGAUUGGGGUUGGGGUGCUCCCUUUGAGCCAGCGCUGUAAAGGGAGAGACGCUGUGCCUGACCCCCGGCCCCCACCCCCCACCCAGGUCUGGUGCUGAGGAUAUAGCUCUUCUCAGUGUCUGAACAAUCUCCAAAAUCGAAAUGUAUAUUUUUGCUAGGAGCCCCAGCUUCCUGUGUUUUUAAUAUAAAUAGUGUACACAGACUGACAGAACUUUAAAUAAAUGGGAAUUAAAUAUUUAA